AUGACGCUCUGGAAGUACGUCCGACAGAAGCUGUCCCCCAUUCUGGACCUCCAGCUGGACAGUGACUUCUUCGUGCUGCUCAAGUACCAGUUCAUCCUGCACGGUGUGCAGCUGCAAACUGAACGGCUCUGGCUGCGCGCCCUCUUUCUGCUCUACCAGCUGCUGCUGCCGACGCAGGCCAUCAUCUGGCUGUGGCGUACCUGGGCGGUGGCGUACAUCGAGCACAACAAGCCGCUCGCCAUCAGCCUGCUGUGCGGCCAGUUCGCCCUCACCAGCAUAGUGGCGCGGUACAUGCUGCUACUUCGCAGCUACGCCCAGCUGCAGCCGAUCCAGCGCCACCUCAACGAGCAGCGGUUUCUGCGGGGCCACCCGCGAGCGCACGCACUGCGGCAGCAGGCCUUCCGCACCAACAACGUGCUGAUGCUGGCGCUGAUGGUGUACGGCGUGCUCAACUUCGUCGUGUACGAGGCGAGCGGUCUGCACUGGCAGGAGAUAUUCCGCAUGCCGGACUACCUGCUGGCGACGAACCGGCCGCUCACCUGGACGCUGCACCUCAUCAUGCGCCCGAUGACGUUCAACGGGCUCGGCGCGUUCAUUGCGACCUUCGUCAGCAUACACACGAUGCUGACCGUGCUGCACGCCGAGCUGCUGCUGGUGGAAUUUGCGUUUGACGGGCUGCUGGAGCGAGUGGAGCGCCACGUUCAGGCUGCCGGUGCGCAGGAGUCGCCACUCCUCUGGCAGCAGUUCAACCGCGAGCUGGGCAGUUGCGUCCGCGAGCAUUGUGUGGUCCUGAAACAGGUGCGGGAGGUGAACCGGGUGCACAGCUUCUCCAUCACUGUGCAGUACUACACCGCGCUGCUCUCGCUCGCCAUCGACGCCUUCUUCAUCUCGUACUACGGGCUCAACUUUGUGUCGGUCUGCGUGUCAAUCUUCUCAGUGCUGCUCGUCUUCGAGUGGUACUACUGCUGCAAGCUCGUUGAAGACCUGCAGGCAACGAACAAGCGGAUCGGCUGGACGCUGUACAACGAUAAAUGGUCCGACUGGCUGCAGUACGGGAGGGAGCAGCCGGCUGCCUUGCGCGAGUUCCGGACCACCCUCAGCAUCAUACUGCUCGCGACGCAGCGCAGCCUGUCCUUGCGCGGCAGCGACAUCGUCGAGGUGUCGUGGCAAACGUUCGCCAGCAUGCUGAAGACGAGCUACUCGGUGAUGAUGUUUCUGAUCGAGCUGAGGCGGCUGAAUCGUUGA